AUGCUGAAGUUUCUGCUCAUCUGCACACUGGCGGUGGCCAGCAGAGCUGAGGUCGGCGAGGAAGAAGAUGUCCUGGUGCUGAAGAAAAGUAACAUCGAGGAGGCUCUGAAAGCUCACCCUGACAUCUUGGUUGAAUUCUAUGCCCCAUGGUGUGGUCACUGCAAGGCCCUGGGCCCAGAGUUCGCCAAGGCCGCUGGCAUGCUGAAGGCCGAGGGUUCGGCAGUGCGCCUGGGUAAGGUGGACGCCACAGAAGAGACCGAGCUGGCCCAAGAGUACGGUGUCCGGGGAUACCCCACCAUCAAGUUCUUUAAGGGCGGAGAGAAGGAGUCACCCAAAGAGUACUCUGCUGGCAGACAGGCCGAUGACAUCGUCGCCUGGCUGAAGAAGCGCACUGGCCCAGCCGUUGCCAAUCUCGUCGGAGUCACUGAGGCAGAGUCUCUGAUCGCUGACAAUGAAGUGGCAGUCAUCGGAUUCUUUAAGGAUGCUGACUCUGACGGUGCUAUGGCCUACGAAAAAGCAGCAGAGACGACAGACGACAUUCCUUUCGCCGUCACCAAUGACGAUGCUGUUUUCUCCAAGUUCGAGGUGACAAAGGACAGCGUUGUCCUCUUCAAGAAGUUUGAUGAAGGGCGCAAUACCUUUGAUGGAGAGCUGACCAAAGAAAACCUCCUGGCUUUUGUCAAGGUUAACCAGCUGCCUCUGGUUAUCGAGUUCACAGAGCAGACUGCACCUAAAAUCUUCGGAGGAGAAAUCAAGUCCCAUAUUCUCAUGUUUCUGCCCAAAACUGCUUCAGACUUCCAGGACAAAAUGGACCAGUUUAAGAAAGCUGCAGAGGGAUUCAAGGGUCAGAUCCUGUUCAUUUUCAUCGACAGCGAUGUGGACGACAACCAGCGCAUCCUGGAGUUCUUCGGCCUGAAGAAAGAGGAAUGCCCCGCCAUCCGCCUCAUCACCCUGGAGGACGAGAUGACCAAGUACAAGCCUGAGAAUGACGCCAUCACAGCAGAGGCCAUCGUCGGUUUCUGCAAACUGUUCAUCGACGGCAAACUCAAGGCCCACCUCAUGAGUCAAGAUAUCCCCGAAGACUGGGACAAAACCCCUGUCAAGAUUUUGGUUGGCAAGAACUUUGAGGAGAUCGCCUUCCAUCCUUCUAAGAACGUCUUUAUUGAAUUCUAUGCACCUUGGUGUGGACACUGCAAACAGCUCACUCCCAUCUGGGAGACGCUGGGAGAGAAGUAUAAGGACAGUGAUGACAUCAUCGUGGCUAAGAUGGACUCCACAGCCAAUGAGAUCGACUCAGUCAAAGUCCACAGCUUCCCCACUCUUAAGUUCUUCCCUGCAGGAGAUGAGCGCAAGGUGAUUGACUACAACGGGGAGAGAACACUUGAAGGCUUCACCAAGUUCCUCGAGAGUGGCGGUAAGGAGGGCGGUGCCCCUGCAGGAGACGACGAUGAUGACGAUCUGGACGCAGAGGAUGGGGAUGAUGUGGACGAAGGACAGGACACUGACUCGGAUGGUGAGGACGAUGGACAUGACGAGUUGUAAGAGCUGGCAGAGGUGAGAGAGAGGAGACGAGUCCCGCCCCAACCCUUCCAACCAGUCACCAUCACUACCUUCACUUCCUUGUGGACCUUCCCUGUCCUGUGAACAUUAAUACUUCCCCUUAAACUGCCAGUCAGUCAGCCUGCCUGCCUGCUGGCUAGCCCGCCAGUUGGUCAGUCAGUCCAUCAGUGGCGUGGCAGGGCCUUUUUUGCCAGCCACAUCUCCAAACCUCGCAACUUCUGGCCAGACUCGUCUUGUCCCACCUUGGGGGACUCUGUGGAACAGCGCAACACCUCUAUGGAAGACCUCAAUGCCUUCUCUACAAAGCUCCACAUCAGCUGUUUGCCUUGUAUAUUUUAAACCAAAUGUAAAAAUGGCAUUGAGAUACAGUUUUCAAAAAGGUUUGGUUUUUUCUGUUGAAUUUGCUCCCCUAUUAAAAGAAUUAUUCAGUGUGGGUAUGAGCUAACCUGUUGUAACCUGUAUUUUUGGGUAGGGGGGGGGCUGCCAAUGUUCUUUUCCCUCUGAUGGGAAUCCAGAGGAUUUGUGUGGUUGUUGGUGAGAACUGAUCUCUCAGGGGACAUGGGGCCAUCCUAUAGAUGUGUUUAUUUUGCAAUGUCUUCACUAAGAUAAACCCCACAGAGCUUGUCGAGUGUAGCACAAAGGACCCACCCCAUCUGUAGCUGAGACCAAUUAUUUUCUUCCUUACGGUGAGGAGAACUCUACUUUGUUUUCAUUUCUUCAUUCCCAAAUAAUUUCUCUCGGUUCAGUCUCCAUAUUUCAGCACGGCUACUGACUUUUUUUUUCUAAAAGGACGAAGUUACCUUUUUUAGGGAAAAUCCCAUUUUAUUUAAUUGCUUUCACUAUGAGCUUUUCUUUUUUUAUUAUUAUUUAGGACUCAUUGAUUUUAAUGGUGUGCCCAGCUGUAGCCAGCUGGCCUUGUUGGGACAGAGUUGACACUUGGACACACUCUCAGACUUGGAUGUUUUUUGGAGCCAGUUCUGAUAGGUCGCACUGCAUUCAUGCCUAAUCAGAGAUUCACUGUGGUUGCUAAAGAAGACACGAGAUUGGUACAGUUUACUGGUCAGGUUGGUUUGGGAGAAAUGUCUGUUAUAUCUGAAGUGGGAGGGAACAAUUGCACAGCCCCACCCCUCACCUGUACUGUACCUCCUGCACCCCUUUGGCUCUACCCAACACCCUUGUUGCCACAGCAGUGUGUAUGUGUGUGAGAAAGGGAGUGUGCUGUGUGAAUGUAUGGUGUAGUUGAAUGACUGGUUCAUAUUUUCUGGUUGUCCAUGAACAGGAGAAUAAAUGUACUGUGUGUGUUGUUUGGCAGGGAGGGGAGGCUUGAGUAGAGCAAGGUGAUUGGUUUGACAGCUACAGCGGUGGGGGAAACUUAAUAUAGCGUUCCAUCAUAUCCAAAUUGUUGUGGAAAACGUAAAAUGGUGGCCAAUAAAUAAAUGAAUAAAAAAAUUGGAAAAAAUA